CACUGACAGGACAGACAGGAAAUUUGAUGUUACUGAGGUUAUGUGGUUUUAAAAAAAUAUUUCAUUGCUUCUAUUUGUAAUUUGUCCCAUUUCAUUAUUUUUAACAUUACGAUUGAUAAAAUACCUAUAUACUUGUGUACUACUGAGCUCACUAUCUUCUAUUGUGCUAGGUAUCUAUCGUUAGUGAUUAAAUGGUGUAGAUUUGUCACAAUUUAAAAGUAAAUAUUUCGGUAACAAGUUUGUAUUGUACACCAUUGGUGUCUAACCAUGCAAACCGAAGAGAAACGUUCGAAACAAGCAGUCGAUUUGGCUUCUUUAGAGCCCAAUACAAGAGUUAAGCAGUUGGCGAACUAUGGUGCGAUGGUCGACGUAGACCCGAAUGUUCCACCGCGGAGGUAUUACAGAUCAGGUUUGGAGAUGGUCAGAAUGGCAAAUGUUUAUUUAACAGAAGGUAGUCUUGAAAAUGCUUACAUUCUGUAUAUCAAGUUCAUGACAUUAUUCCUGGAGAAGAUUCGCAAGCACCCUGAGUAUGCAGCAGUGCCACCCUCCGUGAAGGCUGUCAAUCAGGCUAAAUUGAAGGAAGUCAUGCCUAAAGCUGAAAAACUGAAACAAAAGCUUCUUGAUCAAUAUGCUAAGGAACAUGUUCUGUAUCAGGAAGAGGAAAAGAAGCGUGCAGCCGCAGAAGAAGAGAGAAAAAAGCAAGAGCGAGAAGAUGCAAAGCUGGCUGAACGCCUUCAAGCUGAUGAGAACAAAAAAGAUGCACACACAACUACACCACAUCUGCUGCAUGCUGAACAAUGGGCGGUGUCGCCGUCGGUACCGACGAUGGAUGGUGUGCGCUACCCAGAUGACUUCGCGAACGAGCCGCCGCGAGCGCCGUCGCAUCACUACCAGCCCGUGCCGCCGCUCAUCCCGCCCUCAAGACCGCAAGCUGGCAGUGCGAGCGUGGAGACGUUGUUCGGCGCGGCGCGGCUGCGCACGGUGGUGGUGCCGGCCGCGCUGCUGGCGCGCUUCCUGCGCCUCGCCGCCUCCAACACCGCGCGCAACGUCGAGACCUGCGGCAUCCUCGCCGGCAUACUGGAGCGCGACCAGCUAAAGAUAACACACGUGAUAGUGCCCAAGCAGACGGGCACGCCAGACUCGUGCAGCACCAACAACGAGGAGGAGAUCUUCCACUACCAAGACCAACAGAAUCUCAUCACUUUAGGGUGGAUCCAUACUCACCCGACACAGACGGCGUUCCUGUCGUCGGUGGACCUCCACACGCAGUGCUCCUACCAGCUCAUGAUGCCCGAAGCCAUCGCUAUCGUGUGCGCCCCCAAAUAUAACGAGACUGGUUAUUUCGCGUUGACGCCGGAUUAUGGGAUGCAGUUUAUCACUAACUGCAGGCUGACCGGUUUCCACCCACAUCCUGACGAUCCACCUCUGUUCCAUACGGUAACACAUAUAAAGGUGGACGACUCCGCGCCCGUCGAGAUCGUGGACCUCAGGAGAUGAAGUCAAUCACUUAACUAACAUGUUCACUCUGCCAUCAAAGCUUGCGUUCACUCGUAGAAUUACGUCAAUAACUUAUAUCUAGGGAAAUUACGCUUCAAGAGAAAAAAAAAAGAUAAAUUGUGACUAGUAUACUCGACUAAUUUCAACCUACACCCGGGACUCAUAACAAAAAAUGUGUCGUAUUAUCACUACCUAUUAACCAAAUCUACCGACUUAGGUUAUGAAGAUUGGUCGUUAGUUAGCUUUAUUAUAAAAUAUCUAACUAAUGUAUUACAUACAAAGUAUUAUUGGAAUAAUAAUAGUGGUUACCGUACUGUUAGCGUUGUAUUAAAUACGGAGUAUGUAAUAACUGUAUGUUGUAAUUGUUUAUAGGGUUGCCUAUCAUAGUUUGUUCUUUACUGGAAGAGUAAAGAAUAAAAUACAUGAAAUGUAAUAAUUUGCCAUUUUACCAUGUUCUCAUCUUUUAAACAUUUUGUCUGUUACACAAUCUAUUAACAUAGUUAAUUUUUAUUUUCAGUUUAGUCACGUAAGUAUUUGACGAGGAACUCGACUAGUUUCAAUACAUACUAGAGGCGCCAUGUCGUGUGAAUGCUGCUCAUAAAAUAAAUAUGAGCUUUUAGUAUGGUUUGAAACUGGUCGAGUUUCUCGUCAAAUAAUUACGUAAGUCGAAAAGCGUAAUAAUUAAUUUAGUAUGCCUCACGAAAGUUAUAAUAUUUACAUAAAGUUUUUACCGGAUCCCGCUUACGUAGAUACUUAUUCAGAUUAGUGGCUUUAUAAACACGAUGUUUACGGCAUAAAAGUGAACCGCUCUAUUAAAGUGGGAUAAAUAAAUAUUCCAUAUUUCAAAGCUAAGACUUGUGGCAUGUGUUCGUUUCGCAUAAUUUAGCCUUUUUGUAUGACAAGAGUGACAUGUAUGUGUUUCACUAUAAUCUCGUUAUUUGUUAUAUUUUCAUCACGCUUCGCUAGGUUAGUAACUUAGUAUAGAUAAGCACAGUGUGGACAUUAUUUACCUUAUAGGGCAAUGUGAUAUAGUUACUAUUACAAAAACUUCGUAGAUGCUUUAAAACUAUAAUUGUUAUGUAAAAUAUGAAUGUUUCUCGUUUAAGAUUUUAUUUACUCGUAAUUAUUUUGAAUAAUUACGUUUGUUGAAGCACAAGAGUAAUUUUAAUAUGUUUUUAUAUUUACGUAAUGUAUUGAAAUGUAUUACUUUGUUUAGUAGGUAUAUGUUAUGUGAGUGUUUGUUACUAAAUGUGCCUGCUUCGAUUGCACGGUUGUUCAAAUAUAAACUAGCUUUUCUGGUCAAUGAUUGAAUCGCUUCACUGUAGUGUUACGAAUUAGACUCUGGUUAGACUAGACAACUAUAAAACUAAUACGUACUGUAAGAAAUUAUAUAUACUACAAGUUAAAUACAUUUGUGCACUAUAGCAUAGUGCGAGAUGGUUAAAAAAGUAAAAUUCAGUGUUUUAAAUGCACUGGUUUCAAGUUUUGUGUUCAACAGUUCCAUAUAAGUAGAUAAAUAUCACAAAUAAAUUAUAAAUAAGAACAUAAUUUAUACUAACUAAAUACCAGCGACGCGAAUGAAUCGAAUUUUGCACAGUUUACGUUUUCCUUGUAUGAAAAUUAUUACUUUUAAAUGUAUGAGUAUAGAAAGGAGUUAAUAUCUAUAGGUAUUUUAAUAGCAUCGCGUCUUCGUGUAUGUUUCAAAGUACUUUAGCUUAGUAAAGCUGUAGAUUCUAUUGUUCUUUAUAAUUCUCAUGCAUUCAUACUAGUCUAACUUGAGCAUUUAUGAUAAACUAACACUAUUGCAUAUAUGUAUUGUGUGAUAUAUCAUACGCAGCCUGAAGACUGAAGCUUAAUGUUUAUAUAAAAUAGAUAUAAUUAUUUAUUAUAUAUCUCUUCAUAUAUUAACCAUCUUAAUUAUUAUGUUAUCGGCUUACUCACGUAACUGUUUGACGAGAAGCUUGACUAGUUUCAAACCAUGCUAGAGGCUUAUAUUCAUAUCAUGAGUAGCAGCGCGACAAUCGCCGAGUAGUGUGCCGCGAAAUGCUGCUCAUGAAUAUGAGCCUCUAGUAUGGCUUGAAACUAAUCGAGUUCCUCGUCAAACAGUUGCGAAAAUAAGCCGAUAGCAUAAUAAUUAAUUUAGUAUUUCGCACGAAAGUUAUAUUAAAAUAAAACAUCUUGUUUGAAAAUUCUCACAUCCAUAAAAAUAUUCGCUAUUUACUUUUAAUAUAUAAUCUCAAAUGUUUUAUUUUUGUGUACAAAUCGUUAUUUAAAUAAUUAUCUUGAAGGCUAUGAGACCUUUGAAAACAUUUUGACAGGUUACGAUAUGUGUAAAUAUGUAUGUGUGUAAGGAAAUAUAAAGUUUAUUUUAUUGUAACUGUGUACUGUGUGUAAUGGAACUCUGUUAUAUUUCAUGAGGUUAAUGAACUUGUGUACAAAUAAUAAUCGAACAAUUUUUCCUAAGUCAUUGCGUUUAUGUUGGUUGGUCACAGAUGAAAUUGACCGUCAGCCCGAUUCCCCAACAACUUUGUAAUUCCUAACCCCUAAAAGGCCGAUUACGCACUUGUAACGCCUUUGGUACUUCAAAUAUCCAUAGGCGGCGGCUAUUGCUUACCAUCAGGUGAUCCGUCUGCUCGUUUACCGGUUUAUACCAUCCAUAAGUCCGUCUGACAAUGAAGCUAAAGUGUCUAUGAAAUGGUCUUUAGCGUCAGAUGUUUAGCGCACUCCAUUAUUACAAUAAUCUAUGUACCUCUAAAAUGAAUACAAAGUUUUGUUACACACUGUACAUACUAAGUUAUGGCAUUUGUUUGUGUGAAUGCACCAUUGAUUGUAAUAUUAUUUCAGCACAUGUGUAAUAAGUGAUGUUGUUCGUGCCAUUUUGUGUGUUAAGUGUAUGUAUUGCAUAUUGCAGUUGGAUGUAUGCAAGCUUUGAAGAAUUAUAUGAUUAUAAUCUCAUAACUACUGUAGAACAAGGUGAAUAGAAUUCAAAUGGUGAAUAGAUAUAGAAAAGGGGUGAAUAGAUGUUGGAACAUUCACCAUUCUUCUGUAUUUACAUCUGUAUUUACAGAAGAAUGGUGAAUGAAUGUUCACCCCUUGAAUUCUAUUCACACCGUUUUACGGUAUAUGGUAUAAUGUUGGUAAAGUAGAAAGAUAUAGAAAAUGUUAUUAUUUGUACCAAUAAAUAUAAUCUUUGUGUAUAUUUAAACUCGGACUGACUUUAAUUAUAUUGUAGACUGAAUAUUGGUAUAAAUGAUUAUAAAUUUUCGUAUUAGAUAAUGUCUAUUGAUAGAAUGCAAGUAGGUUUAUAAAAUGCUAGUCGGAUUUGGACCGUUAGAUCCAGGUUCUUUAUUUAUUAUCAAUUAUCAAUAAGAAAACUGGUGAUAUUUAUUAAGUAAAGGUGAUGAUUAUUGACUACAUGCUCUAGUAUCAUUAUAAACUGGCUUUCUGCCUGCGGCUUCAAAUACGCUUUUUUAUGGUGUGUCACUAACAUAAACUUCCACACAUUAUUUUAGGGAAGUGGUGGGUUAGAAAAAGACAAAAAGUAGCUUAUGACACUCUCACUCUCAGUCCUCCAGUAAUAUAUUGUCUAAAUUCAUAUGAAAAAUUAUGUCAAACCCGCACGCAAAAAAGAACAGUCUGUUAGUAAGUGUUGAUUGUAUUAAUUGUACCUAUCGGUACUCAAGACAAUCCCAAACUCAACUUUAAUGAAUCUAAAUGCAUUCUAUCUAUAAACAUUAUUAAAUGGAAGUGUAUAUCAAUAUUAAAGAUCAAAAUACUAAAGCGAUGUUAGUAGAUAAAUGUGCAAUAACGUCAUGUAGUAAAUAAGAGCAGUCUUAUGUAUGUGUGAUUCAACUAACACGGACCAAUCUGAAUAAAAAGUUUAUUAAAUUCA